AUGACUGAAUGUUUGCAGAAGGAACAGUUGCUGGAGAGCGAAUGUUGGCCUGUCCUUCUCUGCUUUUUCGAACGCUUUGGUCAGCCUCUCGGAGUGCCCAUGAAGUUUCAAACCAUCGAGGACAUCGUUUUAGCAAACAAGUGCAGCGAACCAGUGGUGACAUUCUUUCACAAACUCUUGCAGUCGUUUGGACAGCGACUGCUCAAGAGAUAUUACAAGUCUACAUGGGAGAAAGCGUUGUUGGCGUUUGCUGAGAUGUACGAUGUUGGCAUUGGAUGCGUCGAAACGCUGAGAGAGGGAGGAUACUUUGCUCUCAGUGUUACCGACCGAUUACCUCUGAUCAAAGAAUUGUGUGAAGCUCAGUUUGACGUUAGUGCGUCGUUGAAGGACAAGAUCAACUCUGAGAGUAGUGCAGAAGAAUUGCGACUCAAACCUUUGAUUCAAGACAAGGACGGUCACAAAUACUGGCUGUUUGUGGACACCGUCGGUCAAUUUGUUUUGUACAAAGAACUGAAAUCAAUUGGUUCGCCGAUGAACAGUUCAAAGAUGCAAGUUGUUGCUAGCACCCUAGACGAGUUGGAUCAGUUUCUAUAUAGUGUGAGAUCUGAGAGUGAACAACUGAAAUUCUUCUGUGGGACAAAUAGAACUAGUAAAAGCAUCAGUGAUGAGGAUGGCAUUUCUGGCGACGAGGCUGCUGUGGGAGAUUUUGAGGCUUGCUGUGAAAUAUGUCGUGUAGACAGACAUCCAGACAGAUUGCUGUUGUGUGAUUCAUGUGACCGUGGCUAUCAUUUUGACUGUCUUUCUCCUCCUCUCAGCAAAGUACCACCAGGAGACUGGCAUUGUCUGCCCUGUCUUCAGGACAGACUGUAUACAGCAAUCGAAGAGAAACAGAAGUGUAUCAUAAAUCUAGUUCGAAAAGCAGAGCGUUCUCGAAGACAAGAGGCCAAGUGCUUGAAACUUGAAGAAGAAGCGAUUUUCUAUGCUGGUCUUAGUUCAGGACCAGGACGGAGGGUUCGCAACGUUCAUCAAACGGCUAACAACAAGGAGUUCUACAGUUACAAGGCAUUUGAUCAUGCUAUUCAGGAAGCAAUCUACCAGAAUGAGAUGAGGUCUGUUCGAGGCUCGGUGAACGGCACUCAAACUGUUGAUCAUUACAAUCGAUCACUUGCUGCUCUCUGUGAUCCCACACGUCGUCAGACACGGGCUGCAAGCAAGUUUGCUUCUGACAGACUUGGUGAAGAUGCUAGACACGCUGUUCAACAUGAGAGCAAUGAUGAACACAGCAGCAGUGAGUCCUCGGAAAGUACUGUGGUUCUUAGUGACGUUGCUUCAUUAGGUGGUUUGGAUGAAAGAGAUACCUUGUAUACUUGUGAUUCAAGAGAAUCAGAAAGUGAUGAAAUGACUGAGUCUGACUAUUCUGAAUCGUGUUCUGAUGGAAAAACUCGACACGGCAGUCAUAGACAUUGUCGUAAUUUUCAACCGGUCGGUCAUAUGAAUGGAGUGUUCAGGCAAUCGAGAGCAUCUAGUCGUGUUGCCACUCAACGCUUAGCCAAACAUAUGCAAUCACAAGCAUUGACAUCAUUAGCAACACAGACAGACGAAGAUGAUUCUGAGAUUGAAAUAAUGAGUGCAGAAAGCAGUUUUAGUGGUGAUAACAAUGAAAGUAAUGAUACUGAAACUUCUGGCCGUACAAGUAGAGCAACAUCUGUUAGACAUCCUUCUAGAAAGAGAACAAGCCUCGUGGCAUGCUUGGAAACGAGUAGCGACAGCUCUAGAGAGACAAACGAAGAGAGCUUGGAAGGAAGCGAUUGUGAGUCCGGAGAUUCGUCAAGUUUGGAACUCGAAGACUACAGAGCUACGAAAAGAAAGAGAUUUUCAAUGCGGAAUGGUAGAUCGACUAGUGCACUAGCAGACAGGGAAACGAAUAAGACAAUUAGAUCAGUACACCAUGUACCAAAAGAUCAUUGCUAUGCACAACUAGCUGGCAACAGUACAUUUGGUACAAGUACGACACCCUCAACAAAUAGUAGUGCAACACAACAGGUAUCAGGUAAACUCAGCCAAAUUGGAGGGCAACCUAUAAACUCACAGAGAAAAUUACACAGGCUGACAUCAGGCAAGAGGAAAGAAGGAUCUGCUCUUUGUAUAGUAUCACCCAGUGAUAGUCUGGAUUGUGUGGAUUUAGUGAUAUGAGGGUCGCAUCAGGUUUUGUAUCCAUGGGAAUUCAGGUUGAUGCAUUCUUUUAGACAUAGAUGGAAAUCAUCACGUUGCAGGUGAUGUGUUCUCUUUUAAUUAGCACUACUUAUUGGUUUUUUAGUGAUAUCUGAUAUAUAAUGGUUUGUUAGUCAAUUAAAGCAAGUUUGACAACAGCAAUAAAAUGUUUAGGACUGACAUGAACGAACUGAUUUAUGAGGUUGGAUAUAAUACAUUGCAAUAAAUUGCAAAAUAA